AUGCAACCCUUCUCGAACGACUACGGUGGAGGAUACGGUGACAAUGGUUACGAUCAGCAACCCCAGCAGGAAAUACCGAUGCGUACGCAGGGGGUCGCACGGCCAAUGGUUGACCCAGAGGCCAUGGGUGAGGUAGACCCUACACUGUACCCGCAGGCGAAGGAAUCGACACACAAGAUACGGGGCAAAUCGGACAUUCUGGAGAUGUUGUUCGGAUCCGUCGACCAGGAGCUGCUGCCAGUGAAGACGUUCUACUUCUUCUUCUACUCCGCCUUCGGUUCGCUGUUCCCACUGAUGGGUGUCUACUUCAAGCAGAUGGGCAUGAAUCCCGGCCAGUGCGGACUGCUGAUCGGUACGCGUCCGUUCGUCGAGUUCCUAUCGGCACCGUUCUGGGGAAGUUACGCUGAUCGUUGUAAAAAAGGUAAAAUGCUUCUGCUGGCCUCGCUUGCGGCGUGGAUCAUCUUUACGCUGCCGCUCGGUUUUAUUCAACCACCGGCGACGAGCUGCAUCGAGCGCAAGAAUGCGACCGAUUUCGAGCUCCGAACGCCACAGGUACCGCGCAUUUUGAAACGCUCCAUCGACGAGAGCAUGCUGGAGGAGAUCAGCUUCGGUAGAUAUGCCACGGAUAGUGACAGUUCCUUCACCAGGGUGGAACGUGCAGCGCGUCCAGUUGCAGCCGCUGGAGUAUCACCGCUCGAUGUGAGUUACGCCAACAACUUCAACGAGAAGCUGCACCGCGACUGGGUAUCGCCACUGUUCUCCUCUAUCGUUUAUCGCACAGCGGAUAUUCAAAAAGCCUUCUUCUUACUGCUGUUGCUAGUCAUUAUUGGAGAGUUCUUCAGCGCCCCGGCCAUCACGUUGGCAGAUUCCGCCGUCAUUACGAUCCUCGGAGAAGAUGCCGAUCGGUACGGUCAUCAGCGAAUGUUCGGUUCGUUGGGUUGGGGUUUGGCGAUGUUCUUCGUUGGCAUUGCGUUGGACCACUCGACAGCGUUCCCGGACCAUCCCUGCGGUCCGGAAAAGCAGGAAAAGAACUACACCAUCUGCUUUGCAACAUUCUCGGUGCUGAUGGGAGCGGCCUUGAUUUCCGCAACACAAAUCCAAUUCAAAUAUGACUACUCGGAACCCCAAGAACCCGUCCAGGUGGAGAAGGUACCACAAGAACCGACCCACGAGGAACAAAUGCAAGCCCAGCUGGCCCAACAGUUGCAGUUACCCUCGCUGGCAGCAUCUGGCACCGGAAUGGCCAGUGCGGCACCACCUCCAGCAGCACUUGGAGCACAGACAAAGAUGUUUGCCCAAACGACUCGCGAAAUGCCCGAAUGGGUGACGGUGCUGAAACAGUUCAAGAAUCUGAAGUGCGCCUCGUUCCUGUUCGUGGCAUGGUUUAUGGGUUUCGGCAUUGGGCUUAUCUUCACGUUCCUGUUUUGGCAUCUGCAAGACUAUGGUGGAUCUCCCACACUGUUCGGUGUCGCUUCGGUCAUCAACCAUAUCUCGGAAAUCUUCGCCUACUUCUUCAGCUUCCGCCUGAUCACACAGAUUGGCCACGUGAAGGUACUCUGCCUUGGGCUGGUUGGCAAUAUUCUUCGCUUCCUGUACAUCUCCUAUCUGAAGAAUCCGUGGUGGGUGUUGCCGUUCGAGUUUAUGCAAGGUAUUACUCAUGCUGCUGUUUGGGCUGCCUGCUGUUCCUACAUCGCGCACAACACACCGCAACACUUACGAUCUUCGGCACAAGGAGUACUGCAGGGACUGCACCAUGGACUGGGUAGAGGCUGUGGUGCCGUCAUUGGCGGUAUGUUCGUCACCUACUUCGGCACAACGGCCACCUUCCGGGGUUAUGGCGUGAUCUGCAUUCUGGUGCUGGCCGCCUUUGUGUUCAUCAACUUCUACCGCAAGGAUGAAGGUUUCAUCUCGGAAAUCCCAACUACGGAGGAUCCCCAUCAGGUCGCAGAAGAGACGGCUCAUCUGGCACCGCACGGUGUUCCGAGCAAUCCUAUACCAAGGGCCCUCUCCAGCACGCGGCUCAACGAGAUCGGUCAGCAGAAUGUGGACAAUGGUUACGGCACCUAUCAGACGACCGGUGGCGCUUUGGAUGUGCCUGGUGGUGCUCCGAAGAACCCGUUCGGUGCACCGCAGGGCAACGUGUAUGGCGGCAACCAGUACUAG